AUGUAUAACACUCAUCGCGGGAUGGUUCCCGCUCCUAACUCCCGCCUGACGGAGUUGUUGGACCAGCUCCGUCAGGAAUUCGAGAACCAAUCCAGAAGCACUGGCGAGUUUGAACACCAAUUAACCGGACAGCUGCAGGAAAUGGAAAUGAUCCGGCAAAAAAUCUUUCAGCUGGAGCAGACGCAAGUUAAGAUGAAGAACGACUAUGAAGCGGAAAUUCGAGUGCUACGACACGAGCUUGAGUCUCGCGGUGUCCAACCCGUCUCAUCGCAUAUCACCGGCCCUGCCCAGCACGCUGGCCCUUCCCAGGCGCCGCCUCCUGCCUUGGGUCAUGGUCCGAGCAACUUGUUCGGCGGUAUCAUGACCAAUCAAGGAGGCAGUGGCCCCGGUCUUGCCCCUCCCCCUCCCCAGGAUCAGCAGCCUCCCCAGCAUACUCUUCAACAGCCUGCUGCCGCGGCUCAGCAAGGAGCGCCGCAACCACCGCAGAGCUCGUUCGGAGGAUAUCAACCUGGUGCUGCUGUGAACGGCUAUGGACCCCCUCCUCCACCUGCUGCCUCCCCAGGUCCUGGUAAGCGGCCUCGCGCCCCUCCUGGCCCGGCCACCCCCCAGCAGACCCAUCAGCUCGCCUAUCCCGACCCACGCGUCUCCCCGCAACUGGCUCGGCCGACCCCCCCUACUCAGUCAUUGGUCCGCGAUCGCCCUGGAAACAUGCUCGCCAACUGGAACCCCGACGAGCUACCGGCUUCACAGAAGCGGGAAGGGGCUGAUUGGUAUGCUGUGUUCAACCCCGAAGUGCAGCGCGUACUAGAUGUCGAACUUGUCCACCAUCUCGUUCACGACAGCGUCGUCUGCUGUGUUAGGUUUAGCAGAGAUGGCAAGUACCUAGCCACUGGCUGUAACCGUCAGGCACAGAUUUACGAUGUUACUUCUGGUCAGGUUGUCGCCACCCUGCAAGACGAAACUGUUGAUAAGAACGGCGAUUUGUACAUUCGUAGCGUUUGCUUCAGCCCGGAUGGCAAGUAUCUUGCUACUGGUGCGGAAGACAAACAAAUUCGGGUUUGGGAUAUCAGCUCUCGGACUAUCAAGCACGUUUUCAGUGGUCACGAACAGGACAUCUACUCUCUGGACUUUGCGGGUAACGGCCGCUAUAUCGCGUCCGGCAGUGGAGAUAAGACUGUUCGUCUUUGGGACAUUCUCGAUGGCAAGUUAGUUUAUACCCUGAGCAUUGAAGAUGGUGUGACCACCGUGGCCAUGUCACCUGAUGGUCAUUACGUCGCUGCGGGUUCCCUCGACAAGAGCGUUCGGGUCUGGGACACCACCACCGGCUACCUUGUGGAGCGCCUGGAAAACCCUGAUGGCCACAAGGAUAGUGUCUACUCGGUCGCAUUUGCACCCAACGGUAGAGACCUCGUCAGUGGCAGUCUCGAUAAGACCAUCAAGCUUUGGGAGCUCAAUGUUCCCCGUGGCGCGUAUCCCGGGAGUGGAGUCAAAGGCGGAAAAUGUGUCCGUACCUUUGAGGGUCACAAGGAUUUUGUGCUCAGUGUCUGCUUGACCCCUGAUGGCCACUGGGUUAUGAGUGGCUCCAAGGAUAGAGGGGUUCAAUUCUGGGAUCCAAUCACCGGCAACGCACAGAUGAUGCUUCAAGGUCAUAAGAACUCGGUUAUCUCUGUUGCUCCUAGUCCCACCAACAAUUUGUUCGCUACAGGUAGCGGUGAUAUGCGGGCAAGAAUUUGGAGGUAA